UGGCCGACGGCCGACUGCUCUCUCGCGUCCGUCCCGAGCUCUCUCGUGGGUUUCGACGUUAUCUUUCAUCCCCCCCCAGGCCUCGGUUUCCGCCCAUUCGCCGCCGGCGAUUAUCGUAAUCGUCAUCGUCGGUAUUCCGAUGUAAAGUAUUGUUCGCAUUUGCUGGAUCCCAGCGACGUCCGCGAUACCGGCUAGUUGAAGAGGGAAACGUGCGGGUUUUUUUUAUUUAUUUAACCCGUCCUGCGCUGCCUCCGACGAUAGAUCUAGACGCUGUUGCUCGCGGCUGCUAAAUCUUUAGCCAAUCCUUCGAGGCGCGGUUUGUUCCACCAUGGCCUACAAAAUUCUGCGCCGAAAAUGGAGAUCGACGAGAGCCAUGUACUACACCAUGUUGGCCGAGUUAGCUGGAACGGUCGCUGUGCUGGUCCUAUUUGGCAUUUCUCAGCCCGACUUGUACCGGACGAAGCUAUGGCGAGCCGGCCAUGAGCUGGGCUUUAACUCGAGCCCGACUGUCAUCGUGUUGGCGUACGCCAAUUACGAAUCCGCGCCGACCCUGCCGUUCGUAUGGUCGCAAACACUGACCGACUUCAACGUCGCCAUAUCGGUCCUGAGUCUAUUCCUCCUCCUCACCAAGCUCAUCGCGUUUAUUAUGCACGUCUGGUUCCCGAUCAUCGCGCUAUUUGUCAACGUCGCCCUCACGGCUCUCUACGCGGCGAGCAUAGGCGGACAGGCAGGCCCGGACUAUCUCGACCCGGCACAUCCAAGCCCGGUGGCCUGGUACAUCGCCAAGCCUUGCGAGGUGGCGGCGAACCAAAGCAUACAGGGCUCCUGCCGCCUGGCGAAGGGCGCCUUCGCCGCGACAUGCUGCAUGCUCGCCAUCUACCUGCUUAACUUCGGCCUGACGAUCUGGGCAUUGCUGCCGACGGAGGCCGACAAGAAGGACGGCGACUUCGUCGAGGACGAAGAGAACUCGCCCAACGCCCCCGCGAAGACCGGCUCGUGGGAGAUGCAGGGCAUCCCGCAAACCCCGAGGACGGGCACCGUGCCGUUCACGCCGCGGACGAUGGCCUUCAAUACUCUCGAAAGGAAGCUGCCCCUACGAGCAUAGCACGCGUGAGGGGCCGCGCACUCCUCGCGGGUGGGGCGACGGAAGGAGGACAGGUUCGGCAUAGAAGACGCGAGGAUAUAACCCGCCCGAGGCUUCGUAC